GAUUGCGGUAAACAGUUGACGGGCUCCAACGGUUCAGUGACGUCACCCAAUUAUCCGGGACCUUACCCUACUGACGUAACAUGCGUCUGGGUUAUUUCAGUUAAGCCGUCACAAGUGAUUGAACUAGAGUUUAAGUCUCUUGAUAUAGAGUACAGCAAAAAGUGCAAAUAUGACAGUUUGGAGAUUCUGGAUGGAUCUACGGUAAAUAUAUCGAUAAAUAAUGUAUUGAAACGUGUUUACAUGUUUAAUUUGUGCUGCGUUCAGCAGGAGUAGAUAUUUACCGUCUCCGAGACUUUGAAUCUCUUAAUUUACCAAUAACGUUGUUUUGAACAUCAAAAGAGCAUGUGAUUAUGAUUUUCAUCAAUUUUACUCUUUGUAGUCCAAGUCAGCCGAACUGGAAACAUUCUGUGGCUCGACAACUCCUUCACUUGUUCGCUCUUCUGGAAAAUCAUUGCACAUUACUCUGAAAUCGGAUGAGGCUGAUACAGGGAAAGGUUUCCAGGCAGUUUGGCGGGCAGUCGCUAACAACAUGAGUGAGCCCAUUGUUGAAAUUGUAACCAUUGCUUGUCAUACAUAAUAUCAAUUGGCUGCUGUUAUCGUCUAAGACUAGUUAACGACAACGCAGAUAAAAGAAACGCUCCCUUUCAUAGUCUUUCAUCAUGGUGCUGUUGUCUUAUCUUUCUCUUUACCUUUGUGAAUUUUAAGUAUCUUGACAGUGUUCGUUCGUUCCGUGCAGUUUGAACAUGUUUGGUCUUCCGCACGUUUAUCUACGCGUGACCAACCUUGUGAGGAAAACUUGAUAUCAAUCUUCUCGUCUGUUUUGGAAAUUUACUUGAAACUCACCUGAAAGUCACAUCAUGGUACAUUGUUUAUUCCACAUAAAAUAAUCCCUCAGAGGAUAAUCCCCGUUUCGGUUUUUCUCAAAUCUUCCAUAAGAUGAAAAGCUAGCAGAGAUUACAAGAAGUAGGUUCUUUUAAUUUUUCAAAAGGGUACUCUCAGUCGUCAUUGAAGACUUGACUGGAAGUGAGAAGAUUUCAUUUUGAUGGUUUUUUUUGUUUUGUUUUGUUUUUUUUAUCCAAAGAGUGCGGGGCUACAUUCACUGACGAGAACGGUAGUUUCCAGACUCCUGGAUAUCCCAAUCAAUACCCCACUAAUAUCGAAUGCGAGUGGGUGAUAACUGUACCCGUCGCUCACUCUCUAACUUUGACGUUUAACAAGUUUGAUAUGGAAGAAAGUUCAAAAUGCAAAUACGACCAUGUAGAGAUCAGGGAUGGUGACAAGGCCUCUUCGAAUUUGAUCGGUUUGUAUAAGUGUGAUAAACAUUGCUGUGCACGUUUGAAAUUAUCCAUGGUUAAGCACAUAGCUAUUUAUAGACCAACUUUCCCCAAACUCCAGCGAACACAUGUUUCUGUAAGUAUGUAUGAUUAAUAUUUCCAUUUACGUGUCUGUACCAAAAUGAAGAACGAAUUCAUCCCUUUUUUUUUCUUUUUUCUUUUUCGAUUCACUGUUAAAAUCUGCAAUUGGAAGCUAUUUCCCGUACCAAAGUAUUCUAUAUUUCCAGGCCGUUACUGUGGUUCUAGCCUUCCUGCUAAAGUGUAUGCGCAAGGAACCUCAUUGUAUAUAAAACUUGCCUCGGAUGAAUCAGACACGGGAAAGGGUUUCCAAGUGUCUUGGACCAGUAAGCACCUAGGUGGAAAUACAGGUUUGUUUUAUUAUUAUAUGUAAUUAACUUACGUAAUUUUCUUUCACAGAAGCUGUAGGCUCUCUUGCUAACUCUUCGCUUUUGAGUUGUCUUUGGGGUAGCUUUAAAUCUAUUAGGCUGAUUUCAAUGAAGUAAAAAAAAAACACGAGUCAGUGGCCAAUUCAUCCGGUGCUUAUGUUACUGUAGUUUAAAGUGACAAAGAAUAUUGCUUUUCCUUCUGGAGGGAUGCUAGUCCAUUUUACAUGUCCACCCUGCCCCUCACCCCCUCCCGCCUCAGCCUCCUCAGCAUUUAAUAAGGCUUCAGGAGAGGUUUGAGGGCACUCACGGGUGGAGAGAGUCCGCUCUUCAGAAUUUUAAUCGAAAAUGCCCUCUAAACAGGUCUGCAAUUGUGUGGAACCAGUAAGACAGGAACAAGGAUUGUCGGCGGUAUUGUCGCCAAGCCUGGUGCGUGGCCCUGGCAAGCUGCCAUGAUCUGGGCGUUGGGGUCCGACAAGGGGAAGCAGUUUUGUGGUGGAUCUCUGGUGGACCCCGAAUGGGUCCUAACGGCGGCACAUUGCUUUGAUAUCACUGCAAACAAGAAAAUGAUGUUUAUUAGACUUGGUUGGUGAAACUACUUAAAAACCUUCGUCUCUAUAUUUUAUUCGUUUAUUUUUGGCAACGGCUAAUUGUUGCCUGGCCCUGUAAGUGGCGUUAAUAAGCCAUGUGCGCCAGUUUGACUUUUCGUUUCCAUGUACAUCAUGCAGCAAUUCGCGCUCUACUCUUUGCCCACCACCCGCUGAGUUAUGAUAUCGUUUAACCUGUUGGACGAUUUUCAUACCGAAAUCUUCUAGUGAUUAGUAGUGGUAAUGAGGUUUCCAUGUCUCUCAUAGGAGAACACGACUUGAAUAAAAAGGAGGGAUUCGAGCAGGAUUUUGCAAUCGAUCACAUUUACAUCCAUCCAGAUUGGGAUCAUCAUACGACGGACAAUGAUCUGGCCUUAAUACGACUCGACCGACCUGCUAAUCUCACUGGUCGCGUAAACACUAUCUGUUUGUCUGAACCAGAGUAUAAGUUUCCACCAAGUACAAAAUGUAUGAUUAGUGGUUGGGGUACUACUCAGGAAGAUGGCGCUCCUUCGCCCGUACUCAUGCAGGCCAAGGUACCAAUAGUAGAUCGCCAGGCUUGUCGUCAUAACCAAUCAUAUGGGGAGAAAAUCACUGAGAACAUGAUCUGUGCCGGGUUGCGUCAAGGAGGUGUUGACAGCUGUCAAGGUGAUUCUGGAGGACCACUUGUAUGCAAGAAUCCUGUAAAUCGUCGGCAGUGGGUACAGAUUGGAGUAACCUCCUGGGGAAAAGGAUGUGCCAGGGCUUUGAAGUAUGGGGUCUAUGCUAACAUCAAGAAGUAUCUCCCGUGGAUCAACUUCUUAACAAGUACUAUUGGAGGAGGUGAGGGUGGAGAUGAUGUGUCAACACCUAUUCCCACCCUACCACCUAGUCUUCCACCCAUCCCAUCAAGUCUCCCGCCGAGCCUUCCACCUCUCCCUCCAAGUCUUCCGCCUCUCCCACCCAGUCUUCCUCCUCCCCCUCCAAGUCUUCCGCCUUCAUUACCAAGUCUUUCACCUCUCCCACCAAGUCUUCCACCCGUCCCUUCAAUUCUUCCCCCACCCCCAACAACUUCUCCACCUCUCCCACAAAGUACUCAACAAAGCCCAGGAGGCAAUACGGUUCCUCCGCUGCCCCCACAACCUUCUGGAAAUGUUGAUCCACCACCUUUACCUCCACCGCCACCAGAAUAA